CCCAACAGAAGCUCGGACAGGCAACGAUGGGUUCCGAGGCGAGUCAGUCGGAGAAUGCAACGCUUAGUUCGCGUGUUGUAGCGACAUGGCUGAUCGGAGGGGUAGCUUUAGGGUUAUCGUUGCUCGGGUUCCGGCUGGCUUGCCCGGAGGGCGCAUGGAGCAAGAAGAAGAAGAGGCCGAUUAGGGUGUACAUGGAUGGCUGCUUCGACAUGAUGCAUUACGGCCACUGUAAUGCCCUUCGCCAAGCUCGGGCCCUCGGCGACCAAUUGGUUGUUGGCGUAGUUAGCGAUGAGGAAAUCACCGUCAAUAAAGGUCCUCCCGUCACUCCUCUUAGCGAGAGGAUGAUUAUGGUUAGUGCUGUAAAGUGGGUGGAUGAAGUUAUCCCUGAUGCUCCAUAUGCUAUCACUGAAGAUUUUAUGAAAAAACUUUUUGAUGAAUACAAUAUAGACUAUAUUAUUCAUGGGGACGAUCCCUGUGUUCUUCCUGAUGGAACUGAUGCUUAUGCCCUUGCUAAGAAGGCCGGCCGCUACAAACAGAUCAAGCGCACUGAAGGAGUCUCGAGCACUGAUAUCGUCGGUCGAAUGCUUCUGUGUGUGAGAGAGAGGUCCACUGGAGACACUCAUAGUCAUGCAUCCUUGCAACGACAAUUUAGCCAUGGUCACAGCCAAAAAUCUGAAGAUGGCACUGCUUGGAGUGGAACUCGUGUUUCUCAUUUUCUUCCUACUUCUCGUAGAAUUGUGCAAUUUUCAAAUGGGAAGGGACCUGGACCUGAUGCUCGCAUAGUUUAUAUUGAUGGUGCAUUUGAUCUUUUUCAUGCUGGACAUGUGGAGAUACUGAGGCUUGCCCGGAGCCUCGGAGAUUUUCUACUUGUGGGAAUUCAUACAGAUCAAACUGUCAGUGCCACUAGAGGUGCACACCGUCCAAUUAUGAAUCUUCAUGAGAGGAGCUUAAGUGUUUUGGCUUGUCGUUAUGUUGAUGAAGUGAUAAUAGGUGCUCCAUGGGAGGUUACAAAAGAUAUGAUAACAACUUUUGAUAUCUCUCUAGUCGUCCAUGGGACUGUAGCUGAGUAUAGUGAUUAUCAGAAGGAAGCGGAAAACCCCUAUGCUGUUCCAAUAAGCAUGGGCAUUUUAAAAGUAUUGGAGAGUCCUUUAGACAUAACAACUAGCACAAUAAUACGGAGGAUAGUAUCAAACCAUGAUGCUUACCUGAAACGAAACGAGAAGAAGGUAGAGAGUGAGAAGCGGUACUAUGAGGGAAAGUCAUACAUCUCUGGCGAUUAGAUUAUUGAGUGUAAGAUGCUAAAUAGGAGGGAUUAUCAGAAUUGGCUAGAAAUUUAGACAGAAGACCUGUAGUUUCAGAUCAGAGCCGUUGAUGCUAUUGAAGCAUUUACCUUUUGUAUUUUAUAGGCUGUUUCUUGAAAUUUACCUCCUUAACCACCCCUUGUUUACUAAAAACUCUCAUUAACAUAGCUCUUCUUGCUAAUACCCUAAUUUAAUAUGAAGCUACUUUUUUUUUUU